CAGCGCAGUAAGCCGGACCUCGAUUUCACCCUCCGACAAGUCUUUGGCAAACCCUCUUUCAGACCCAUACAGCGCGAAGUCAUCGAGGCCGCUCUAGAUGGCAACGAUGUUUUUCUUCAAGCUGCUACUUCAUUUGGCAAAAGCUUGUGCUUUCAACUGCCAGCAUGUAUUGACCUCGGGAGUGAGCAAAAUCGUAAGCGAGACGAAUUGCUUGCAGAUUCUAACAUCUCUCANGUCACGAUCGUCAUAUCGCCUCUUCUUGCACUCAUGGUCGCUGCUCUGCGUACUGCAGGGAUUCGGGUCGCUACUAUCAAUAGCACUGUUUCCAGGCACGUCCGUGAUACUAUCAUGGCUGAUCUCAAGACUGGCCAUCCUCUCACUAGACUACUCUACGUUACCCCCGAGUUCUGCGCUAUGGACCACUUCCGCCGGGUUCUACGUGUGGUCCAUGAACAGAAAGAACUCUCCCGGAUUGCAAUCGACGAGGCGCAUUGCAUCUCUGAAUGGGGUCACGACUUUCGUCCGAGUUUCAAAGAACUCAACUUCUUCAAAAACGAGUUUCCAGAUGUACCGAUAAUCUGCUGUACAGCCACGGCUACACAGCGUGUGCGAGACGACAUUAUUGCCACUCUACAUCUCGACAAGCGCAAGCUGAAACACUUCACCAUGACCACUAGCCGGCCAAACUUGCACUACGAAGUCAGGUACAAAUCGGAUGAGGAAGAUCACUACGAUGAUUUCCUCGCAUGGAUCAAAGCCGCACAUGCCCGACGCAAAAGCCCAGAACGAGCAGCGGAGCUGGCAGCUCGCAAGGAACGGCCGACGAACGUGCCAGGCAUCAUCUACACCUUGUAUCGACGAGAUUGCGAGAUUCUAGCUGAGCGUUUGACCAAUGAUGGUAUCGGCGCAAAGCCUUACCACGCUGGCCUGACCAACGACCAAAAAGACGACCAUCUCUCUGGCUGGGUAGCCAAUCGCGAAGGUUACGACGUUAUUGUAGCGACCACAGCUUUCGGCAUGGGUAUCGACAAAGAAAACGUCCGUUUCGUGGUGCACUGGCAGAUUGCAAAAUCUUUCGAAGGGUACUAUCAAGAAGCAGGGCGCGCAGGCAGAGAUGGAAAAGCCUCAGUCUGCAUCGUCUACUACUCCCGCGAGGACCGCGACCGGGGUGCAAACAUGCUCGCCAGAGCUCAAGAGCAGAAGAUGCGGCAAGAGAUGAAUAAAGGUCGUAACAAGUCCGAGUACGAUAACAUGAGCACGCAUCCUGACAGCCACGGCCGUGCCAACUCUUUGCUGUACCUGACGAAAUACUGCGAGGCAACAGGAGUGUGCAGACACAAGAUGAUAGCAGAGUAUUUUGGAGACAAGACUGUGGUACUGUGCAACUAUGCUUGCGACCACUGCAAGGAUCAGAAGGGGCUUGAGAUGAGAAAGAAUAAUGGAUUGGCGAGCGAGGAGUGGUGUUUGACGCAGAGACAGUCUUAUUCCUACGAUGAGUACGAC